AUGACGGCGACGACAAAACGAGGGAGCGAGCGGCCGAAAUCCACGGUGCCACCGUCACCGGAGAAUCUUGCUAAUGUGAAGACUCUUGAGGAAGAACCAAGCACUACCCCUACAUUGAACAAAGAUGGUACAAACAUUGGGAAGCUCGCGAAAGAUACCACGGAAACCCUAACAGAAUCACCACAAGCAAAAUCGGACGAGCAAAAGUUAUGGGUUGACAUCAUUAGUGACUAUCGAAACCCUGCUAAGGGUUUAUCAAUGGAAUAUGUUGCACCAAAGGUAAUUAAUGGAGUGAUUGAAAUUGAUAUUGAACAGGAAGACAUUGAAACAGAGCUACGGUUUUGGGAUAACGCCCCAAUUCUAUAUGUUGUGGGAGAUGAUUUGAGUAUGAACACGGUGAAGAAUUUUAUGCAAAGAAUGUGGAACUUCAUCAAAAUACCAGAUCUUUAUUACCAUGAUGACGGGUAUUUUCUGCUACGAUUUAACUCACAGGAAGACAAGGAAGCUGUCAUCAUGAGAGGCCCUUACACGAUUAGAAAUAUGCCCAUGAUACUGAAAGAAUGGCAAUUUGGUUUCAAGCUGAAAAAGGAUCUACUUAGAACACUACCAAUAUGGACCAAAUUACCUCAACUUCCCCUACAUCUUUGGGGAGCAAAAAGUCUUAGUAAAAUUGGAAGUGCCAUUGGCAAACCACUAGUGACUAAUGAAUGCAGAGCGAACAAGUUGUGUGUCUCAUAUGCAAGAAUAUUGAUUGAAGUGGAUAUUACACAACCAUUGAUUGAUGAGAUAACCAUUAGGAAUGUUGCAGGAGACAUCAUAAUGCAGCCUGUUCAACAUGAAUGGCGACCAAAAUUCUGUGAGACAUGUCAAAAAUUGGGGCAUAACUGUGAAGACAGAGGCAAGACUCAAAAAUGGAUACCAAAACCCAAGCCAAUGGAACCAACCACAAACAUCACACCUACUAAACAACCAGCAGGAGGAGAGACAAAUGGUGAAGAUGGAGCAUCUUGGACAAGGGUGAGAAAAUCUGCACGGGAUAAGGGCAAAAACAUACUGACUGAUACAACAAACAAUAUCAAUUGUGCCAAUGGUUUUGAAACACUUGAGGUUUUGAAUGACCAUCAAGUGAUCACAAACCUUGAACCAUGUUAG